AUGGUUGAUGCCGUAGUAUCAUUUGUGAUCGAGAGGCUUAGCGAUUAUCUCAUCGAACAAGCAGUUUCCCUAGGCAGCGGACAUGAAGUUUGCUUAGGCAGCGGAGUGCGUGAAGUGGAGUCGCUGAAGAGAGAUUUGCAAUGGAUGGUUUGUUUCAUAAAGGAUGCAGAAGAUAAACAAGUUGAAAACCCUUUGAUAAGGCAGUGGGUUUCUGAUAUCAGAGACAUUGCUUAUGUUUCUGAGGAUGUGUUAGAUAGAUAUAUGGCUUCCAAUAGAAGGCAAAAUGGACUCUUAACGACGUGUUCUUCCAUGUUCGAUCGUUACAGCAUGCGCAGGGAGAUUGAAGCAAUUAAACAUAGACUCAGUGACAUCUCUCGAAGAUGCGAGUUAUUUGGUCUCAGAAGGAUUGAUAAAGUGAGUGAAGGAGGGAGCCAUGCUCUUUGCAGACUGAAACAACUGAGAAGAACCACUUCCUUCGAACGCAAUGAGAUUAAUGUUGUUGGAUUUGAAGAUGAUAUUCGCAAGUUAUUGGCUAAACUGCUCGAGAAUCGUCCGCAACGGUAUUUAAUCUCUAUCUUUGGCACAGGUGGAUUGGGUAAAACAACUCUUGCUAGAAAACUUUAUCACAAUAUCAAAGUCAGGAAUAGGUUCUAUCAUCGUGCUUGGGUUUAUGUGUCUCAAGAUUACAAAACUCGAGAUCUUCUUCUAAGAAUUAUAAAGUCAUUCAACAUGGAGGGCACACCAGAGCUGGAGAAGAUGAGUGAAGAAGAUAUGGAGAGAUAUCUUCAUAAGUCUCUACAGGGAUGCUCAUACUUGUUGGUGAUUGAUGAUAUAUGGCAAAAGGAAGCUUGGAUGAGUCUGAGAAGAGCCUUUCCGGACAACAAGAAAGGCAGUAGAGUAAUUAUCACAACUCGCAUCAGAGAUGUUGCUGAAAACUUGGAUGAGAUAACUUUUGUUCAUCCUCUUCGAUUUUUGACGCCAAGUGAGAGUUGGCAGCUAUUUUGUGAGAAGGCUUUUCAUCACAUAAACGACGAAGGAUUGGAGAAGCUGGGAAGGGAAAUGGUGCUAAAAUGUGGCGGUCUACCACUUGCUAUUGUUGUAUUGGGUGGAUUACUGUCUACAAAGAAGCCACAGGAGUGGCUUCAAGUGCGUAAUCACAUUUGGCGAGAUUUGAAGAAUGGUUCUAUUGAAAUCUCUCAUCUACUGGCUUUAAGCUUCCAUGAUUUACCUUAUCAAUUGAAGUUGUGCUUUCUCUACUUGGGAAAUUUUCCGGAAGACUCUGAAAUAAGGAUAAAGAGACUCAUUCGAUUGUGGGUGGCUGAAGGUUUCAUACCACAAAAUGAAGAUAUAAUGGAAGAGGUGGCUAUGAAUAACUUGCUCAAGUUGAUUAAUAGAAGUUUGAUUCAAAUAGCUGAAAUAAGUACGGGGAAGAUUGUAACAUGUCGAGUUCAUGAUCUUUUGCGCGAUCUGGCCAUUGAAAAGGCAAAAGAACUCAACUUUAUUCACAUCUAUGACAGAUCUGAAAAUUCAGUGAGCUCCUCUGCAAUUUCAUCAAGUCGACGACAAGCUGUUUAUUCUGGGAACUGGGAAAGAUGCUUGUGGCUUCAGCAAUCUAAUUCAAUCUUACGUUCUCUCUUGUUUUUCAUUGUCCAUGGAGAGCUAUCUGCAAUAACGAAGGAGUUAACAACAAUAUGUACAAAGUACACGUUACUGAGAGUGCUUGAUCUCGAGAAUUGGAGAAUUGGAGGAUCGAAUUCAAGCAGCUUACCAAAAGAGAUAGAAAAGUUGAUACACUUGAAGUAUUUGGGAUUAAGAAACACAGCUAUCCAUCAUCUUCCACCAUCAAUUGUCAACUUGAUCAGACUACAAACUCUGGACUUACGCAUGAGUACUACUCCGGAAAAUCGGCAUACUCAACUACCAACUGAAAUUUGUAAGCUCAAAGAGUUGAGACAUCUAACUGGAACCUUUUCAGGACAUUUGCAGGUAGACAACUUGACAAAACUUCAAACUCUGAAGUCUGUAGAAGGUGACUUGUGGACUCGGAUCAAUCCAGAAAAGUUGGUUAAUCUUCGAGAGCUGAGCAUAUCUAACUUCUAUGCAGAACAGAGGGUGUUUACUUUUGAUUCCAUAGCCAAACUGAAAAGUCUUCGAAGCCUAUCGGUAAUACUUGCACGACCGGUGACACCAUCUAAAAUUUGUUUUUUUGGUUCUCUGCAACCACUCUCUCAGUGUCAACAUCUCCAAGAGUUGAGCUUAAAUGGGAGGAUGGAGAGCGACUUACCAAGAAACUUGCAUGAACUUUUGCCAAAUCUCGAAUGUUUAUCGUUACGGAGUUCAUAUCUCAAAAAUGACCCGAUGCCUACAUUAGAGAAGUUACAAAACCUCAUGAUUCUCCAACUGGGUUUCAGUUCUUGUUUUGUAAAGAAGAUGAUUUGCAGAGAAAACGGUUUUCCUCGGCUUGAAACUAUGAUUCUUCUCGUGGGAGCAUUAGAGGAGUGGCAAGUGGAGGCCGGAGCUUUGCCUGUGCUAAGAGCCUUGAGUGUUGGAAAGAACUCCAAAUUACUUGUCGAAAGACUGAGAUCCAUCCGUCUUCCAAGCCAAGCGGACUUUGACAGAGUUAAUUUUAUUUAACUUCGAUUUCAGUUUGUGUUGUGUCUUUCU